CUAUAAUUUGGGAACCUAUUAGGAGCGAGCGACUCCACUACUCCUCCUGUGUAAAACCCUAACACCAAUUGAUCCUUUCUAUGCACAUCUCUCUCUGUCUCUCUCUCAACAGAUUAAUCUCUUCCAUCUUUUAAUUUUUCCUUUGUUUCCGUCGAAUUUCCGAUCUUUCUAAUCGAUCGACGCUCAUAGUUGCCGUCUCUGGCGUUUGAACCCGUUCGUUUCCUUUCCUGUUGGGACCUUUUGUGAUUUUUCUGUCGCUUUGUCUAUAUUUUUCGAGAUUUAUCGCGUCUGUAUUUCUGGGCAUUCUGUGGAAGAUUCGAAUUUAUUUAGGGUUCUUGUGAGAGUGGCACCAAGGCUGGCGUGUGUCAAGGCAUGGUAAUGGCGGAUUGGCCAGGUCUCCGCCAAGCGUUUCUUGUACGAGUCGGAGCAUUUAUAGGGUUUGAGGUCAGUUGUUUUUGUGCUUGUGUGAAGUUGGAAGUAGUGAGAGAGUGGGAAGCAUGCUGAGCGUGCUGCGAGUGCACCUUCCGUCCGAUAUUCCCAUUGUAGGCUGCGAGCUCACGCCGUACGUGCUCUUGCGGCGGCCUGACAAGUCGGUCACUACCGAGGAUAUCCCCGAAUCGGCUCCUUUUGAUGGGCACUUUUUGAGAUACAAGUGGUACCGUAUACAAAGUGAUAAGAAAAUUGCUAUCUGCAGUGUACAUCCUUCAGAGCAAGCUACAUUGCAGUGUUUAGGAUGUGUUAAGGCCAAAAUACCUGUUUCCAAAAGCUACCAUUGUUCUCCUAAAUGUUUUUCUGAUGCUUGGCAGCAUCAUCGUGUUCUGCAUGAGCGUGCUGCUAGUGCAGUAAAUGAAAAUGGACCUGAGGAGGAAGAGUUAUUUGGGCGCUUUAACAGCACAGGAGCUGGAAGCUUACCAGCUUCACAGUCAGCCCCUAGCUUGACAAAUGGUGCUUCAUCUGCAUAUCCUGGAGCAAUUACACAAAGAAAUGGUGGUGAAAUAUGGUUUGAAGUUGGACGCUGCAAGACUUACACACCAACUGCUGAUGAUAUUGGUCAUGUUCUCAAGUUUGAGUGUGUUGUGGUGGAUACAGAAACAAAACUACCUGUGGGACAUGCCAACACAAUUUUGACAUCCCGUGUCAUUCCAGCCCCAUCCCCUAGUCCUCGUCACUUGAUAUCUGUUGGUGGAGUUGAUUUGAUGGGGCAUUUGGAUGUGGAGGGUCGUAUUUCUUCGACAGGAACUUUUACAGUGCUCUCCUACAACAUAUUGUCUGAUGUUUACGCUACAAGUGAAUUAUAUGGUUAUUGCCCUCCUUGGGCUCUUUCAUGGCCAUAUCGUAGGCAGAAUCUGUUACGAGAAAUAGUUGGCUAUCAUGCUGACAUUGUUUGUCUUCAAGAGGUUCAAAAUGACCACUUCGAUGAAUUUUUUGCCCCUGAACUGGACAAACAUGGUUAUCAAGCUUUAUUUAAAAGAAAAACAGCAGAGGUUUUCAGUGGAAAUAACCAAACCAUUGAUGGAUGUGCAACAUUCUUCCGCAGAGACAGAUUUUCACAUGUCAAAAAAUAUGAGGUUGAGUUUAAUAAAGCUGCACAAUCUCUAACUGAGGCAUUGGUUCCUAGUGCUCAGAAGAAAACUGCACUAAGUCGUUUAGUUAAGGAUAAUGUUGCGCUGAUUGUGGUGCUAGAAGCAAAAUUUAGUAAUCAGGGGAUUGAUAAUCCUGGGAAACGCCAGCUUGUUUGUGUGGCGAAUACACAUGUGAAUGUCCACCAGGAUUUGAAGGAUGUCAAGCUCUGGCAGGUUCAUACUCUCUUAAAAGGAUUGGAAAAAAUAGCUGCCAGUGCAGACAUCCCCAUGUUGGUAUGUGGGGAUUUUAAUGCUGUCCCUGGAAGUGCUCCUCAUGCACUUCUUGCAAUGGGGAAGGUUGAUCCUUUGCAUCCUGAUUUAGCAGUCGACCCUCUUGGAAUCUUACGCCCUGCCAGCAAACUAACUCAUCAACUGCCAUUGGUUAGUGCCUACUCUUCUUUUGCGAGAUUGGGAGUUGGUCUUGGCUUGGAACAACAUAGACGGAGAAUUGACCCUACCACAAACGAACCAUUAUUUACAAACUGCACCAGAGAUUUCAUUGGUACUCAUGAUUACAUAUUUUAUUCAGCUGACUCUUUAACUGUGGAGUCUUUAUUGGAGCUCUUGGAUGAGGAUAGCCUGAGGAAAGACACUGCCCUUCCUUCUCCAGAGUGGUCCUCGGAUCAUAUAGCAUUGUUAGCUGAAUUUCGUUGCAAGCCUAGACCAAGGCGUUAAUACUAUUUGGUCACCUGUGUAAUGAACUCUGGAGAUAAAAGUAGGAAGAGAAGACAUGUCAUUGCAAGGAUGGUAGAUCGUUGCUUGCUGUUGUUUCAUAGGUGUCUUCCGUUGGGGGGCGGGGGGGAACCAUGCAAUGGUCUGCUGUGUGUUAUGUGCUACCUUUGUCUGAUAGGAAAGUUAUGGUUAUGUUCAAUAUAAUUUCCCUUUUCCCCUUCAAUAGAAGUAUAUGUUGCAAGACCUGGGGGUAAAAUAUUUUACCCAUUCUGUACUCUUUGAGACUACUACAAUUUGCUGCUAAAGCCAAGAAGUCAGUCCUUUUUAUGUUGUUCUUUGGUAUUGGCUGUAGUUUUGCUUUCGGUUGCUCAUGUUACAGAUGUAAAGAAAGAAUAGUUUCAAUUUCCUUCUUUUUCCUUGUUUUAGUGCAACAAAAGUGUAGUAGGUAGCAAGAUAGUCGUUGGAUUCUGAUAAACAGAAUAUAAUACCUAAGCACAAUCAAUUGGAUUCUGAA